UGCUACCAGCUUACAGUUCCCGCUGCUGCUAUAAAACUAGUCCUCUUGGUGAGUCUGUCCAUGCUCUAGUGCAGCUAGCUGCUGCUGGCUCACUCUGAUCUCAAGUUACAGUCGCAUAGCUAGCAGAGCCAGCAGCUACCUCGUCAAUUUCAUUCGGCAACCAGGGCAGAAAUACUCGUGGAUAAGAGCUCAGAGCCCAAGCCAAUUUCGGGUCUCCAGCAGCUGCUGGAGCCAUGGAGGUGGAGGAGGCCGUGGAGUCACACUCACACGGCGGCGCCGACCGCCGACAACGCAAGAAGGACCGCCGCGUCUUCUGGGCCUGCGUCUUCAUCCUCGCGAACAACUGCUUCCAGUUCAUCGCCUACUUCGGCGUGUCGACGAACCUGGUGAACUACCUCAAGGACCGGCUGCACGAGGGCAGCAAAGCCGCCGCGAACGGCGUCACCAACUGGAUGGGCACGUGCGCCAUCACGCCGCUCGUCGCCGCCUUCCUCGCCGACGCCUUCCUCGGCAGAUACUGGACCGUCGCGCUCUUCCUGGCCAUCUCCGUCGUGGCCUACGUGGUGCUCGCGGUGAGCGCGGCGGCGGCGGCGCAGGGGAGCGCCGGCUUCUACGCGGGGCUGUACCUGCUGGCGCUGGGCAGCGCGUUGCAGCCGGUGCUGUCGUCGUUCGGCGCGGACCAGUUCGACUUCGACGACGACGACGACGACCACGACGACGAGCGCGGGCGCCGGCAGAGCUCCUUCUUCAACUGGUUCUACCUCUCCAUCAACGUCGGCUCGCUGGUGGGCGGAACCGUGCUGGUGUGGGUGCAGUCCAGCGUCGGCUGGGGGCUCGGGUACGCCAUACCCGUGCUCUUCAGCGUGCUGGCCGUCGCGGCGUUCCUGGCCGGCACCGCCACGUACCGCCGCCACCAGCCGCCCGCCGGCAGCCCGUUCACUAGGGUCGCGCAGGUCGUCGUCGCCGCGGUCAGGAAGUGCGGCGUCGAGGUUCCGGAGGACGCGUCGGCGCUGCACGAGUGCGAGGACGCCGACGGCAUGUCUGCGAUACAGGGCAGCCGCCGGCUCGCGCACACCGAUCAGUUCAGGUUCCUGGACAAGGCCGCGGUGGAGACGGCGGACGACAAGUCGCGGCGGCGGCCGGCGAGCGCGUGGCGCCUGUGCACGGUGACGCAGGUGGAGGAGCUUAAGCGCAUGCUGCGGCUGCUGCCGGUGUGGGCGAGCGGCAUCGUCUUCGCGGCGGCGUACACGCAGAUGACCACCACCUUCGUCCUGCAGGGCGACACGCUGGACCCGCACGUGGGCGGCGGAUUCCGCGUGCCGGCCGCCGCGCUCUCCGUCUUCGACACCCUCAGCGUCAUGCUGUGGGUGCCGCUCUACGACCGCCUCGUGGUCCCGCUAGCGCGCCGCGCCACGGGCCACCGCCGCGGCUUCACGCAGCUGGCGCGCAUGGGCGCCGGCCUCCUCGUGCUCGCCGCUGCCAUGCUCGCCGCGGGGGCGCUGGAGGUGGCGCGGCGCCGCGUCGUCGCGCGCCACGGCGUGUACUACGACACCCACACGGGCGCCGGCGGGGACGCCCGUUACCUGCCGCUCUCCAUCUUCUGGCAGGUGCCGCAGUACGUGGUGGUGGGCGCGUCCGAGGUGUUCACGCUCAUCGGCCAGAUCGAGUUCUUCUACGACCAGGCGCCCGACGCCGUGCGGAGCCUCUGCUCGGGCCUCUCCAUCACGUCCUUCGCGCUAGGGAACUACGUCAGCUCCGCGCUCGUCGCCGUCGUCGCGCGCGCCACCGCGCGGGCCGGCCGGGAUGAUGGGUGGAUUCCCGACGACAUCAACCGCGCGCACCUCGACUACUUCUUCUGGCUGCUCGCCAUGCUCUGCGUCGGAAACUUCGGCGUCUACCUGCUUAUCGCACGCUGGUACACGUACAAGAAGACCGUGGAUUAGUACAAACACCACCCCGGAGCGACAUCUCAUCUCACACGCGCUGGUGGCGAUGGAGAUUCUGGCAUUCAAUUGUUGAAAUGAUGGGGGAGGUGAUCAGCUGAAUCUUGGAGAAUGCCAAGAGGAUGAUGACAAUGAGGCAUGAAAAACACGGUGCGAAGGAUGCCCGAGUGCCCGACUGGAGGACUUCAGUUUGACCUUUUUUUUUAUUUCUGGAUGUUUCUGUGCUUGUUUCAGAUGUUUCAGGAGUCUUAUACUGUAUGUAGGAUGCUUGCUUGGGUGAUUUUCGUUUUUUGGGGUAAGCCAUGAUUAUGGAGUCAGCCUGAGUUCUGAGAUAGAACUGUAAUCAUGCUAUAGCGCAGGGUAGUCCUUUUCUGGGCUCUUUGUCUUCUUGAACUACUAUCUCAAAACAAUUGUAUUUCUGUCUGAUUAAAUGGAUUUGGGGUUUGCCUCGUGCCAAAAAAACAGGUCUGAAACCAACAUUCACAAGAGCAAUGUGCGACCUAUCCAUUAGACAAAGGACGACAUCACACAUACAGAACUGAACCUCAUGCCAUGUCAGUUACUAGACUUUCCUGUAUAUAUCUUUAAAUUCCUCUCUUUCUAGAGAAACUGAUCUAAGCUCAAAUCCAGCCCAUUAUUGAUAAGAUAGCAGAUCGACUUCCAGGAUAGAAGGCAUGCGUGCUGGUCAACAUAUCUUGGUCCAAUUUGUCCUCAACUCAAUGCUAGUCUACUUGGCAAUGGCCAUUGAGCUUCCACCAUGGGCCCUAAAAGCCAUUGGAAAGAUUAGGAUGGGCAUCUUCGGCAUCUACAAUCAACAAAACCUUGGAUGGGCACUCAAGAUUAGGUUAUGUUUGAAAAAAAAACAGAUCCUCAUCGUCCUUUGUUAGCCUUACAAGUUCAAAUUCAUGGCUCUGUCCGGGUUUUCUUCUCCAUGGCAGUGGUCUCAGAAGUUGGUGUAAUGGUACCUCCAUGAUGUUUUGGACUGACAGGUGCAUCCACAGACAAUGUAUCGCUGGCCUUACACCUCAAUUGUUCUCUUUAGUGCCAAAAAAACCUAACAAGCAGACUGUACGGGGGGCUCUCUCAAAUCACACCAGGAUUUUUGACAUCACUGGAGCUCUAACUGUU